UAUUGCAGAGAGAAGAAUUAAAAUGGAGGAUGCAUUGCUAAUUACCCAGUUGUCUCCUCUGAUAGACCAUCAGCUACUUGGCCGGAGCUCAUAACUCCAUUUGCAAAAACUCCGACUCUCAAUUUCUCACUGUUAAUAAUUUUCUCUCCUCAAUCUUCAUUCUUUUCCUUUUCCGGCGAAUUUCCAAUAGUAAUUCUCCUUUGUUCAUCAACAAAUUGCUAAUUUGUUGAGUAAUUUAUUCCAAUUAAUCCUAUAAUUCACCUAAUUUCUUUUUCAAUUGUGAAAAAUUAGGGUUCCGAUCACCUGGAAAUUCGCAAAUUUGGGUCGAAUUGUUCGUAGUUUUCGAUGGUGGUGAGGUGAGAGAGAGGAGUCAGAAAAUGGCGACGACGAGGAGAGUAGGGAAGUAUGAAUUGGGAAGGACGGUUGGAGAAGGGAACUUUGCUAAGGUUAAGUUUGCGAUCAAUACAGAAACUGGAGAAAGUGUUGCAGUCAAAAUUUUGGCUAAAACUACCAUUCUUAAGCAUAGGAUGGUUGAUCAGAUUAGACGUGAGAUAUCCAUAAUGAAGAUUGUUCGACAUCCUUUCAUUGUCAGAUUACAUGAGGUUUUAGCUAGCAAGACAAAAAUAUACAUAAUUUUGGAGUUUGUGCCUGGUGGGGAGCUAUUUGAUAAAAUUGUUCACAAAGGCAAGCUGUCUGAAAUGGAAUCUAGGAAAUACUUUCAACAGCUUGUCGAUGCAAUCUCUCAUUGUCAUAAGAAGGGUGUUUACCACCGAGAUUUGAAGCCAGAAAACCUUCUCCUUGAUGCACGUGAAGAUUUAAAGGUUUCUGAUUUUGGGCUCAGUGCCUUACCACAAAAAGGAGUUAAUCUUCUUCACACCACAUGUGGCACUCCUAAUUAUGUUGCACCUGAGGUUCUGAACGGCCAAGGAUAUGAUGGUGCUGCUGCAGAUAUUUGGUCUUGUGGAGUUGUCCUUUAUGUCCUUCUAGCUGGGUAUUUGCCUUUCGAAGAAACGGACCUUCCCUCCUUGUACAAAAAGAUAAAUUCUGCCACAUUUUCUUGCCCAUUCUGGUUCUCACCAGGUGCAAAAUCAUUGAUUGAAAAAAUGCUUGACCCUAAUCCUAACACUCGUAUUUCAAUAGAAGAAAUUAGAAAUGACCCAUGGUUUCCAAUGAAUUACAUUCCUGCUCGACAAGGUGUGGAAGAAGAAGUUAACUUGGAUGAUAUUUGUGCUGCUUUUAAUGACAUUGAGGACCAUUUUGUAACUGAGCAAACUAGGCACCUGGAGAGAGGCCCCAUGAUAAUGAAUGCAUUUGAGAUGAUUACCUUGUCUCAAGGUCUGAAUCUGUCAGCCUUAUUUGACAGACGCCAGGAUUAUGUGAAGAGGCAAACUCGCUUUGUUUCAAAAGAAUCUCCAAAGACAAUCAUUUCGACAAUUGAAACUGUUGCUGAAUCAAUGGGUCUCAAGGUCCAUACACGCAACUACAAGACAAGACUUGAAGGAAUAUCUGCUAAUAAGGUAGGACAGUUUGCUGUGGUGGUAGAGGUCUAUGAAGUUGCUCCCUCACUUUUCAUGGUUGAUGUUCGGGGAGCCGCUGGUGACACCCUUGAAUACCACAAGUUCUACAAGUUCUUUUGUGCUAAACUGGAUCACAUCAUAUGGAAACCAAAUGAUGGAAUAAUAAAAGAUGGUUCCCAAAGCGUUGAAAAUAAAUUUCAUCGAAGAAGUUACUCGAAGCCUUAAAGGUAGUUGUCAUCAACGAGCCAAAUGAAAUCUGUCAAAGAUCGUGAGUUUGUGCUACGUAUCUAUGUUUAUACAUUCUGUAUGUCUAGAUCAACCUUGUAAAAAUUGUUCACUCUCUCUUUUGUAUCAUUAUCCUGUUCUGGAUUGCGCUGGGUUAUGUACUGAUGCAUUUUUACUGAGUAUCUACGUCUAUGGCGCAUUACUGGAUCUUGGAGGCAACUUUCGUCUAAGAACUGUAUUUAGUUGUCUUCAAUUGUUGCUUAAUAAAACUAGAACGUGAACCCAUUCUUAUUUGUAGCAAAAACAUCAAAUUGUGUGUCAUGAGGCAUUCAGGUUGAUGUAAUGCUAUUGUUUUGUAGAAUUAUCCACGGCGGAAAAUUUGAGCAGACAUUUGCUUUUAAAGUUUUUAUAAAUUACUUCGUAUUAUCCUUA